ACCAGAUGCCAAGGUAGGACUAUAGGCAAUUCUAAAGCUAACUCCAAUUUGUUCUCUACCAAUUUUUGAACUAACAAAUUAUUGUCACUUCUAGCCAAAUCAAGGUUAAGGUAAAAUAUGCAUCCCUUGAUAACAAUCAUACAUUUCUUGAUCUUAACAAAAAUCAUGUUUAGUAGAAGGUGUAAUCAAAUACGAAAUAUUUCAUCGAAAAACCAGACAUCCACUGUAGGCAGUUGUCUUUUUUGUUGCCAUUGUCAAAUGAAGAGCUUAUAUAAGUUCUGUUGGGUUUUAUUUGUGCCAAUAUUGCUGUUGGGCUUAACUCAAAAUAAAAUGGGCUAACGUGAAGGAGUUCUGAAUUUAUUGACCAGAGACACUUUGGUUCAUCCGGAAGGAUGCAUGUAGAGAAGCCUUAGCCACACAUAUGAAUGAAUGAUAAAGAAGUGGUAUGAAAUGGCAAAAAUAUGCUGGUUCAACAGAGCAUCCUCUGCACCACCCUUACAGUUCCACUCCCAGGUACUACUAAAUACUAAUAAUAGCAGAAAGCAUUAUGCAAUAUAUAAUAUGGCAAAAGAAAAAGACAAAACCCCUCAGGUAUUGAAGAUUGCUGUCAGUGGAGUAACUGAGCUUCUGAGGCUUUUCUCUCCUUCCCAACAAACAAGCAUAUUGAGCAGCGAUAUUGAGAAACAGAACAAUGAAUUCACAGUUUCAAGUGUCGAUGAUGUUCUAAUCAUCAUCAAGUCUGAUUAUGACAAUGCAUAUUUCGUCACAGGGAACUUCACUUCUUCAAUUUAUGCAGAAAACUGUAUCUUUGAAGACCCAACUAUUAAAUUUAGUGGUAGAGACUUAUACGCGCGAAACUUGAAAUUACUUGUUCCCUUCUUCGACAGUGCCUCAAUUAGACUACUAAAGAUCGAAAAGAAUGUUGAAUCUGACACAAAUUUUCUGCGCGCAUCUUGGAAACUGAGAACCAACUUAAAGCUUCCUUGGAGGCCUCUGAUUGCUAUUGAUGGAAGCACUUCUUAUGAAUUGGAUGAUGAUUUCAAAAUCAUUAGGCACGUCGAGAGUUGGAAUGUUUCCGCACUCGAAGCAGUUUUGCAGAUUUUCACUUUCAAGUUUGAAAAAUCGGGCGGUUAAUACUUUAAUGUCACAAAGUUUCGCAAUCAUACUAAUCUCUUUAGUACAAAUUAAAGAAAGAUUAUAAAUAAAAGAGUUUUAUUACAAUGUAUUUUACAGCCAGAAGCAGAAAUUAAAACGUACAAGAAAUAACUCAAA